GAGGAGGUUGCGGGGGAGGAGGUGUAAUUGUAGAUAGAGGGUGGCAGGGCGGUGGUAAUGGGAGAUGAUGUCCAUGAUGAGUUCAUGAUGGCGGUUCGGUGUUGGGGAGUGUCCUUGGCUAGGCUGGGAGCAUGUACUAUCUGUAUAUGGCUGCGCUGUUUCUCCGCGCGGGGAGUCUUGGAGACUCGGGGGGCUAUAGGCUGGGGAACGGCUUCAAUGUUUUCAGGUUGCCGGUCGGCGCGGCAUGGUGGUUUGCGGUAUGUGUUCGUUCAAAGGCGUUAACUCAUAGAACAGAUAUCUACCUAGACAUCGACGAACAAGGUGUGGUGACGGGUUUGCCGCCUUCGAUAGGGACUAGUCGAAGCCGGACACUCAACCUGGCGUGAUUCGAGUGUCUGUACAUCCCGGCGCGCAGGCGAUGGC